AUGACACUUAGUAACGUUAAUAAUACUACUGCGCCAGUAUCGCCACAGCAAAACGCCAGAGCGAUGGAGCUCUCUGUUCAAAGCACGACUGUCUCUGCAUAUCGCCCUUGGUCAUCCACGGGGUCCAAAAAUUUUGGCAACGAAUUAUAUGCUGUAGUCUGUCUAAAGGCUUCUGCAUUCUCAAGCCUCCAGCAUUCUUUGAGAGAGAGCACGAGAGCUGGCUGUGAUAUCACGCCCUGGAGCGGCGGGAAUUCUUCCGUACGCGGAGGGGCGACCCCACUCGAAACCCGAUCGCAGGCAAUGGAUGUCUUCGGCAAAGGGGUCUGGUUAGUCACUCCAGGCUUUCGUAAAGGGACAGUGUCUUGGCCAAAAUCGGCUCCUGCGAGACUUUGCCAUCGAUCCGAGGCAGUUCUCUCACGGGCCAACAUUCCGGACAAUGAUAUGCUCGUCGAUGAAUAUGAGCAAUACAACAACGAUCGUACGGAUGUCAUCGUCGUGUCUCGCUCUGGCUCGGAAGAAGAGCCGGAGCCGGAGCUUCUCGCAAAUGACUAUGAGGCGAUGAUGGCACGAAUUCUCCCCAAGGAUCCCGACUUAGAGACAGAGGCAGAGACCUACCACACGUGGCACAUCACAGAUUGGCGGAAGCUGAGACGCAAGGAACAUGGACCGAUUUUUGAGUGUGCUGGGUACCCAUGGCGCAUUCUCUUUUUCCCUUAUGGCAACCACGUUGAACACGCUUCCUUUUACCUCGAACAUGCGUGGGAGAAAGAACCACCGGAGAAUUGGUAUGCCUGCGUCCAGUUUGCUCUGGUGUUGUGGAACGUGAAUGAUCCAUCGAUAUAUGUAUCACACGUCGCAACACACCGCUUUAAUGCCGACGAAGGCGACUGGGGUUUUACUCGUUUCUGCGAGUUACGAAAGCUCUUUAGCAUGCCGUGGGAAGGACGAGGCGUCCCGCUUGUGCAAAACGAUGAAGCCAAUAUCACAGCCUACGUCCGUGUUGUCAAGGACCCCACAGGUGUCUUGUGGCAUAGUUUUCAGAACUAUGAUUCAAAGAAGGAAACCGGGAUGGUAGGGUUAAGAAACCAAGGAGCGACUUGUUAUCUCAAUUCGCUAUUGCAGUCGCUGUACUUUACAAACGCUUUUCGAAAGGCUGUCUAUCAAAUUCCGACGGAGGACGAAGCCACGAAAGACAAUAGCGCUUGGACACUGCAAAGACUCUUUUAUUCUCUACAGACCAGUGAUACGCCCGUUUCCACGACAGAGCUCACGGCCUCGUUCGGUUGGGAGUCCAGGCAAAUCUUCGAACAGCAGGAUGUUCAGGAGCUGUCCCGAAAACUGAUGGAGAGACUGGAGGAGAAGAUGAAAGGAACUCCGGCCGAGAAAGCGCUCCCGGACCUCUUUGUUGGAAAGACAAAAACGUAUAUUUCCUGCAUCAACGUCGAUUAUGAGUCUUCGCGGAUUGAAGAUUUCUGGGAUAUCCAGCUUAACGUCAGAGGCAACAAGACCCUGGAUGAUAGUUUCAGGGACUAUAUCCAAGUGGAAACUCUUGAGGGCGAGAACAAAUAUGAUGCCGGUCCCCCAUACGGGCUUCAGGACGCUAAAAAGGGGGUUAUUUUCGAAAGCUUCCCCCCAGUACUGCAUCUCCACUUGAAGCGAUUUGAAUACGACAUCCACCGGGAUGCAAUGAUGAAAUUGAAUGAUCGACAUGCCUUCCCGAUGGAGUUUGAUGCCUCUCCAUACCUUUCCGAAGAUGCAGACAGAUCCGAACCUUGGAUCUAUCAGCUUCAUGGUGUACUCGUCCAUAGCGGUGAUUUAAAUGCUGGCCAUUAUUAUGCCUUCCUGAAGCCUACCAAAGACGGUCAUUUCUACCGUUUCGACGAUGACAAGGUCAUCCGGGCUACAGAAAAGGAGGUUUUGGAAGAGAAUUAUGGUGGGGAAUAUGACUUCUCAAAUGGCUCGCUUGCCAUGCGACAACAGUACGCGCGAGGAUUAUCCACCAAACGGUCGAUGAAUGCAUACAUGCUGGUUUACAUUCGGAAAUCAAGGUUGGAUGAGGUUCUGGUUCCGAUAACUAAAGAUGACGUUCCCGCGCAUCUCGAGAAGCGGCUUGCUGAGGAACGUGCUGAGCUGGCUCGAAGAAAGAAAGAGAGGGAAGAAGCCCAUCUGUACAUCAACAUUGGUGUCUUAACUGAAGAAUCAUUCAAGGCCCACCAUGGCUUCGAUCUAACGAGCGUUGAUCUUCCGCCUGGGGAUCCGGCGCUCCCGAAACAGUAUCGAGUUCUCCGAGCCAAGAAGGUGGGGGAAUUCGCAGAGCAGAUAGCGGAAGAGAGGGGUCUCGAUCCCAAGCAGAUCCGUUUUUGGGUGAUGGUUAAUCGUCAAAACAAGACCACUCGUCCGGAUCAAGUUAUCAAAGAUCCAGAAAUGACGGUCGAGGAGGCUUAUAACCGAUACGGUACAAAAGGCAACCCUUUCAGAGUGUGGCUGGAAGUUGGCCAAUUUGCACCAGAUGGGACGAUUCCAUGGCCGGAUGGAGCCACUUCUGUCCUCGUGUUUUUGAAGUAUUUUGAUAUUCCCGCCCAGACCUUGACAGGCAUUGGCCCGGUAUACGUCCGGAAGAACCAAAGAGUUGCUGAAUUGGCUCCAACAAUCCUCGAGAAGAUGAACUGGCCGGCAGGAACUGAAUUCUUGCUCUUCGAGGAAAUCAAACACACGAUGGUCGAUCCAAUGAAGCCAAAGCAAACAUUUCAACAAUCAGAAAUCCAAGACGGAGAUAUUAUCACUUUCCAACGAGUGUGGAAGGAGUCUGAGCUACCACCGACCGCGCUGUACACGGAGACUAGGCAAUACUAUGACUAUCUCUUAAAUCGGAUGAAUGUGAAGUUUGCUCCGCUUAAAGGGAGCGAGGGCGAAGAGUUCACGCUGACACUGAGCCGGAAGAUGACAUACGACCAAUUUUCAAAGAAAGUUGGCGAGCAUCUCAACGUGGACCCGACGCAUCUGCGGUUCUCUCCUGUCAUCGCGAGCACCGGAAAGCCAAAGCAACCCAUCAAGAGGACCACCAACCAAAACUUGUAUCAGAUACUCAACGGUCAAUACGGAACCUAUGGUUAUAGCAUGCAUAGAUCAGAUGCACUAUACUAUGAGGUUUUGGAAACGAGUCUUAGCGAAUAUGAGACGAAGAAAACCCUCAAGGUUACUUGGCUUCCCGAGGGUAUCGCAAAGGAGCAAGUUUUUGAGGUCUUGGUGCCCAGAACCGGGACCGUUGCCGAUCUGUUAGCGGGGUUGCAAAAGAAAGCGAAUCUUGACGAUGAUACGAUACAGGAUGUGAGGAUAUACGAGGCACACAGUGGGAAGAUUUACAAGGAGCUGAGCAGCAAUUUCAACAUCGCUGGUGUCAAUGAAUUUGUCACCCUGUAUGCUGAAAAGAUUCCGGAAGAAGAGCUCAACAUGCAAGAGGGCGAUCGAGUCAUCAACGCCUUCAGCUUUGACCGGGAACCGAAUAAACCGCAUGGGAUACCGUUCAAAUUUGUGGUCAAGCCUGGCGAGAUCUUCAAAGAGACCAAGGAGCGGCUCUCGAAGCGGACGGGAAUCAAAGGCAAACAGUUCGAGAAAAUCAAGUUCGCUGUGGUGCCUCGUGCCAUGUAUUCGAACCCAAGAUACCUUGAAGAUGACGAUAUACUCUCCGAUAUAGCCACCGAUCCUGACGAUCUUCUUGGUCUCGAUCAUGUAAAUAAGAACCGGGGCCUCUGGAGCAGAAGCGAAUCUUUCUUCAUCAAAUAG